AUGACUUGCCAGAUCGAUGUUCAUCUGCUGAAGAGCAUGAGGCUGCACAAGCAGGUAAGGGCUGAAUUGAAUUCGAUUGUCUUGUGCUACCGUGAUUAUUCUCUCCGCUGCAUAAAUCCUGUUUUCCUGAGCUGCCGCUUCUACAGAGAGUACGAGGCGCGUUUGGAGAGGUACAGCGAGCGAAUAUGGACGUGCAAAAGCACGGGAAGCAGCCAGCUGACGCACAAAGAGGCUUGGGAGGAGGAGCAGGAAGUUGCUGAGCUCUUGAAGGAGGAGUUCCCCAUCUGGUAUGAGAAGCUGGUACUGGAAAUAGUCCACCACAACACCGUCUCCCUGGAAAAGUUGGUGGAUGCAGCUUGGCUGGAGAUCAUGACCAAGUUUGCAGUGGGAGAGGAGUGUGACUUUGAGGUUGGUAAGGAGAAAAUGUUGCCUGUGAAAGUUGUGAAAAUACAUCCCUUGGAGAAAGCUGAUGAAGAGGCCUCAGAAAAGAAAUCUGACGGAGCCUGCGAUUCCCCAUCCAGUGACAAGGAGAACUCGGGACAGGCAGCCCAGGACAACCAGAAGGAAACCAUCCUGAAGGAGGAUGACAACAGGAGGGAAAGUAUGA